AUGUUCAGAUCGAUUUAUGUCUUGUACCUCCUAAUAGGCCUCUUGGGGCUUUCAAGUGCUGCCCUCACAAGGUCAGUCAACGAAAGACCUUUUUGGAAUGAUCUCAAUCGAACUUCUGCUUCACCUCAGAUUAAAAGGUGCUCGACCAAUGCGGAAUGUCUACGCACCGGUCAAUCAUUGAUCAGACCCCACAGGAGAUCAGCUAUAAGGGCUUUAGCUCCUCGUCAAUCUGCAGGGUUCCCUCGUACCUUUACUGCUAUUCAAGUUACGAGUGACUCCGGACAAGAGUACGGCUGGGUCGCAAAUUUUGCGGGUCCUGCUCUGACGUUUAGUAAUAAUACCAACGCGGCUGAUCCAUUCACAUUCACCAUCUCUUCGGCAGAAAGACCAAGUGGUUUCCCCUAUAUCGCUGCUUUGAUGAGCGUACCUGCAGAUGGAACAGAAUAUGAUCUAGAAUCGGGAAGCGUCAGUUAUGCCACCUUAACAGCAGGUUCGAUCGACCAUCCCUCGGGUCCAGCUUACACAGGUCCAUCAGACACUUAUUAUGAUUCUGAGAAUGAAGAACCGGGCAAUUCGGCUGGGACAGAAACCACCCUUUGGGUGGUCGAUCCUGAUACAUUGGAGAUCACUGCUCAAUGGGUCAAUUCGGAUGGGACCGCAGUCCCAGUGGCGAUUGUCUCCUAUCUUCGUAACAAUCUAUUGGUACUUUCUGGAGAUGGACCCGAACUCAAAUCUUCAUUUGGUCAAUACGGAGAAAUCAUGACGCUCAAAUUCGCCACCCUACCCAGUCCGCCUUAG